AUGGCUUCAUCUCUUUCUGCGGCCAAGCAGCAGCUGCGAAGUCUAGUGAAGCAAAGACUCGCCGCCGUGCCCGCCGACUCCAUAGUCACUCAGAGCCGCAAGAUAUGCGAAUCAUUAAAAGAGUUUCGCCCAUAUGUCGAGGCCAAGAGCAUUAGCAUAUAUCUUUCCAUGCCCUCAGGCGAAGUUCAAACUGAUGCAAUUGUACGGCACGCCCUCGACUCAGGAAAGCAAGUCUUUAUCCCCUACCUUCACAAAUCACCACUAGACACCCCAGGCACGCCAGCUCGCGUCAUGGACAUGGUCCAUCUAAAGAAUAUGCAAGACUAUGAGAGCUUGCAACCUGAUCGCUGGGGCAUUCCCAGCGUAGAUCCGGCCACGGUUCACGAGCGCCAGCGCAUUCUGGGCGGGCCGGAUGCGCACAGGUCAGACCAAGCUGGCUUGGACUUGAUGUUGCUACCGGGUGUGGCAUUCGACUUUGAUGAGUCUGGUGCGAUUCGGAGGCUCGGCCACGGCAAGGGUUUCUACGAUUUCUUCAUGAAUAGAUACUUGGCGAAAGCAGCAUUCCCAGCUAAUGAGACAAAGCCCAUCUUGUUUUACGGAUUAGCACUCACAGAGCAAAUGCUCUCGGGUUCAUCCGAGGAACAGAUUCCUAUGGGUCAGUAUGAUAGACCCCUGCAUGGCCUUGUGUUAGGAAAUGGGCAGAUAAAGGAGUCGUCUAGGAGCAUAACGCUGAAAUGA